AUGUUUGAAGAGGCACUCCGGCAAGCGCCGCGGGAGGAGCUCGUGGAGCACAUUCGACUCCAGCGAGAGCUGAUUCACCGUCUUCAUCGACGCGUCCUCGAGCUGGAGAGCUCCCUGGAGAGCGUGUACACGUGCUCUAGUGACGGCGGGGGUGCCACCGGUGUUGAUGGGCAGUCGACUGCACCGUAUGGGCAGCAGCGCGCCGUCCUUUCUAGCAACGCUCGUCAUGGCCCGUCGCCUCCGAUAGACCAACAGAGCGUGCACGGCGCGCCGCCGGCAAACGUGAGGACGCGCCCCCUCACGACACUUUGCGAGAUGCCACUAGGCUUCAGCGAACGCUGGCGCACCGAUAAUGAUGAAGCGGUGGCGGUUCCGGAGCCGCGCCGUCAACCCCCACGCCCGCACGUCAACGAGAAGGCUCCCGUCAGCUUUGCGCGCUUGUCUUCACUGCAACAGCAGACGGCUGAGUGUGCGGCGAUGGCGACGUCCGCUAAUGGAACUGAUUCAGCUCCUGCACCGUUUUCUGCGGCUGCUGUCUCCACUGGACUCACCUCAUCUUCGGUAGACCACCCCACGGUGUUGGAGGGGAUCAAGGAGAUCAAUUACGUGCUUGCCGCCCACCGAGCCGGUCGUACAGCUCUGCCGCUACCGGUGGUAGAGGAGCUGGAAGAUAUUCGUACGAGGCUUCUGCAGGGCUUUACACAGACACACAGUAUGGGUGACAGAGACGACGGGGCGGCACACGAGGCGGCGGCGGCGGCACGUCAGGCCUACGGUGCGCUGCCAAGGAGCGAAGAGAUGGUGCUUAACGCAGGCCCAUCGAAUCUCUUGUUCGAGCGCCGUGCGGAUACCUUCCGCGACGCGACUCACGUGUGCCCACGAUGGGUCUCGCCAGACUCGUCAAGGGUCGUGUACGGCACAUCACCACGUCGUUAUCAGUAG